AUGGAGAUCCCGGAGUCUCAGGACUCUCGGGACGCGCGCAUCCAGCAAUUAUGGCAGAAGUUAGAUCCGCAGAAGAAAGGAGAACUGGACCUCACUGGCUUGAGAAAGGGGCUUUCUCGAAUCGACCACCCACUCAAAAACGCGGAUGAUAUACUCAAGGAUAUCGUCAAGGCCAUGGACAAGAAUGGAGACCAGGUCAUACAAUACGAAGAAUUCCGCACAUUUGUCGUCAACACCGAGAGAGAGCUACUUUCCCUCUUCGAGUCCAUCGACAAGGACCACAACGGGAAGAUUGAUAAGGACGAAUUGAAGGCUGCGUUCAAGAAAGCGGGUUUGGUUGUGCCCAACUCCAAGCUGAACAAAUUUUUCUCGGAGGUUGAUCAGAACAAAGAUGUGGAGUCUGCGCUUUACCCUAUUGGCACAUAUGAUAGUACAAAGUUUCGCUCCAGUGGAGAUAUUAAGACAACUUCUCGAGAGGGCCGGGAAAAGUACCGCCGCACAGUAUUGCUCACUCCGAGUGAGAGAUUCUGGCACUUCCUGUUAUUUCUUCCUACACACACCGAGACGCCUGAAUUGAAGGCGGUCUUAUCGUACUAUUCGUCGACGAUUACACUGAAUUCUGAAGGCGACAGCAACGUCAGCGAAGAAACAUUAGAGGGUCUAGGUAGAACACGAUUUUCGUUUAUAAUUUCAGCCCUCAUCGGGAGUCUUUUUGAAAUCACAGCAACACUGCCCAGCAAGCGAAGUCGUCCCUCCCCAUCCCCAGAAGACCUGGGCAUCGCAACUGUUCAAGACGCAGCAACUGGCGCAUCCAUCGACGGAACCAUGUUGGACCCAAAUAGAGCUCGCCUUGCUGAAACAACUCUGAAGAGUGGACUGGAGGCUCUACCGCAGCCAAACGGAACACCGAGCACGAAUUCAACUAUCCAGCAGCAGGAGCUGUCCGGACUAGCUCAAGUCCUCAUCGCCAGGAACAAGAAGUCCUUCCUGCAAGAAAUCACGCCCGAUCCCGGAUACUUCCUCGCAGGUGGGAUCGCAGGCGCAAUCUCUCGAACUUGCACAGCACCUCUCGACAGGUUAAAAGUCUACCUAAUCGCCAACAUCAGUACUCCUGCGAAAGAAACUGUCGAUGCAGUGAAGAAAGGCAAUGCUGCAACUGCAGCGAAACAUAUUGGCAGACCUUUGGUUGAUGCUACUAAGGAGCUAUGGAAGGCCGGUGGGAUGCGUAGUUUGUUCGCCGGAAAUGGGUUGAAUGUGGUCAAAGUUAUGCCCGAGUCGGCGAUUAAAUUCGGCUCUUACGAAGCCACAAAGAGAGCUUUGGCACAACUCGAAGGUCACGGCGAUCCAAAAAAGAUAAACCCCUACUCUCAGUUUGUCGCGGGAGGAGUUGGUGGAAUGGUGUCCCAGCUCUGUGUGUAUCCGAUAGACACUCUAAAGUUUCGAAUGCAAUGCGAAACUGUAAAAGGGGGUCUUCAUGGCAAUGCACUGAUCAUAGCGACGGCUAAAAAGAUGUACAAGCAAGGCGGCAUACGAUCCGCCUACCGUGGCUUGACCAUGGGUCUUGUUGGGAUGUUCCCGUACUCUGCGAUCGACCUAGGCACCUUUGAAUAUUUGAAAUCGUCGAUAGCAGCCCGAAAGUUACGCAUGGGCUAUAGCCAGACAGAUUCUGCCCCAGGGUCAUUUGCGACCGGCUGCAUUGGCGCGCUCUCGGGAUCACUUGGAGCAAGUGUUGUCUACCCAAUAAAUCUCCUACGGACGCGACUACAAGCUCAAGGAACCGUAUUACAUCCUCCGACCUACGAAGGAAUCUGGGACGUCGCACAAAAGACCGUUAAGAACGAAGGUGUUCAAGGGUUGUUCAAGGGCAUCACACCAAACCUGUUAAAAGUAGUGCCAGCAGUCAGCAUUACUUACGUGGUCUAUGAGAAAUCGAAGCACAUUUUACAACUCGAGGAGUGA